AUAUAUUCAGUAUCUUCUAGUAUUUUUUAGUAUCAAAGAAAUUUUCAGGAUCUGAAAGAUAUUAGAAAAAAAAAAAACUGGGCUACUAUUAGGGAGAAUUCAUUGGACAGAUCUGACAGCACUGUUUUCUAGUUCUCUUAGCUUAGACGAUGACAAGCCAUCAUGGCACGCGGUCGGAGGUGUGUUUUAAGUCAUUUAACAAAUUUAUCGUGAUGAUACAAACCAUGCCUUCUUUAUAUUAACUCCUUUUUUAAUUAAGUUUAUAAGUUUCUCUGCUUAAUUUUCUGUGUUUCAUUGAUUAAAAAAAAAAUAAACGAAAGACAAUGGUGAAAUUAACAGAAGAAAUGAUUGUGGCACGUACACGAAUGUCCGAUUUUUCUGCCGUAAAGAAGCUCAAUUGCUGGGGAUCAGAAUUAACAGAUGUAAGCAUUUUACGUGAGAUGGAAAAUGUGGAAGUAUUAUCAUUAAGUGUGAAUAAUAUUGACACGCUUGCUGAUUUUCAAUACUGCCACAAUUUGCGAGAUCUAUUUAUUAGAAAAAAUAAUAUUAAAGAUCUGAAUGAAGUUUGUUAUCUUCAAGAAUUACCCAAUUUAAGGAAUUUAUGGCUCGGCGAAAAUCCUUGUGCAGAAAAAGAAGGAUAUCGAUUGACUGUUCUUCGAGCUUUACCAAAUUUGGAAAAGCUGGAUGAUAAAGUAGUAGCCCCAGAAGAAGUGCAAACUGCAUUGUCAAGAGGCAGAGUACUUGUACAUCCCCUUGAUAUGGAUGCAUCUCCACCACAAUCAGAAAUAAAUAGUCCAGAGGAAGUACCUGUUGAGUAUAUUGAAGAAACACGUGUGGAAAAACAUAGGAGAUAUAGUUCAUCUAGUGACCAGAGAAGUUACGAUGAAAUGCAUCAUACACAAGAGGAAUAUCAUGAUCCUGAUAGAAGAAAUGCAAAUUGUAAAACAUUACCUCAUCAUUAUGCUCAAAGCAAUCAGUACACAUAUGAGCUCCAUAAUGGGCAAUCAAAAAGUCAGAAUAAAGAUGAGAACAUGUGUACAGAAUCACGCAAUUACAUUGAGACUGUGGCUACUAAUACUAUUGAUAUACCUAAGGAUACUGAUGAUCAACCAGCAGUUUCAAGACAUAAUGGAGAUUAUGACGAGAGACGAGUGUAUUCUGAAUAUGUUAAUAAUGAUGCAUCCCAACGUUCAUAUACAUCACCUUCGCCACGUACUCAAUAUGGUGUUAAGUAUGAAACGCAAGAAGAUAAUCGCUUUGAGAGGAAUAAUUAUGAAUACGACGAUAAGAGACAGAUAGAAUGCGAUGAACCAUUACCUCAACCAUCAUCUCAACAUAGACGAAUGCCUACUCAUCAUCCUACUGAAAGGGAAGAUACAAGUCAAGUGCCUGGUUGGGUAAGACAUUCCGAUAAGGAGAAAUGCAGACCACAAUUUCACUAUCAUAGGCGGCCAGUUACGAGGAACUCAAAUAUACUCUCUGCCGUAUUAUGCCUAGUCAAAGAAUUGGACUAUCCUAGUUUGGAAGUAGUUGAAAUGGCAGUUAGAAAUCGAAUGGAUGAAUUAGAAGAAUGAUGUUUCUGACGCCGUCCCCAAAAUCUUCAGGGGACGGUUGCCUUUUCUCGUGUUGGCAGUAUUUCCUCUAUUCCAAGUCCAGAAUUUUCUGACUCACUUGACUCUAACCAGUGCAUCGAUAAUGAUAUGAAUUUUAACAUCGAACAUCGUACAUGCAAUCAUUAUGGCAUAGAUGAAUCUAGUGAAAAAUCACAAAUGCAGAGAAAUGGAUCUACCGAAAACUGUAAUUUAAAUCGAAAUACAAAAACUUUCGUUACCGAUUCAAAUCUUAGGUAUAUUAAGAAUAAUCCACAUACAUACAAACUUCGGGACUCUGGAUCAGAUAACUUGACAACAAUUAACAGUGAACCAAAAAGAUCAAACGACGUUAGAAGAGUAGCAAGCAGUGACAGUAUACCCCGUGGUAACAAUAGUGGUGUAUAUUUCAAUCAAGGAAGCAAAGAUCCAAACCAAGAUUGUAUAAGACGAUCAAAAAGUCCUGAUGUUAGAAACACGAUAAUGCCACUUCGUUACAUUCAAUCAUCAAAAGGAACUUGGACGUACAACUUGUAAGUGAAAUAAUAGAGUAGAUUGUUUCUUUCUGUCUAUGAUAACAAAAAAUGUUUUCAGAGACAGGUCAUACAAUUAAUGAAGAUAAGAAUAAAAGGGUACUUAAUUAACUAUUACUUCUAAAUUACAAAGUAAAUCAUUGUAAUGUGUGCAGAAUGGUGCAUUAUAUGUUCCCUUUAUAAGUUAAGGAAACAUUGUUCCAGAACAACAGUAUUUAUUGUACUUAUCAAAUGUUUAUUAUUAUAAAUUAUGAAAUAGAUAAAUUUUUCCAAAAACAUCAAUUAAUCAUGCUUUGGAUUAGAAAAUUUAAGUUUACAUAUAUAGUUUGUCAUAAUUUUGUUAUCAUUGUAGCAAGAUUAAUUAAAUAGGUUCCAUAUUAUUGUCAUAAAUGUAUUAUCAAAAAAAAUGCCAAUAGAAUAGAAUAUCUUCAUAAAAUACAAAUAUCAAUAUUAAUCAUAGAGUAAAGAAAAAUAUUGUUCUGAAAAUGAUGUUUCCCUAGAUUCAAAAGCAUAAAAGGUGCAGCUUAUACAUGUGAUAGUUAAAAAGUUAGCAAAUGCAACAAAUUCAAGAUUUUGUAUAAAAUGUUAAGAUUCUCCAUGCAUGUGUGCAAUAUAUUAUAUAUUAUAUAUAUAUACACACAUAUAUAUAUAUAUAUAUACAUAUAUAAAGACCUGGUAAAGAUAAUUAUUGGCAAAAAAGUUAAAUGUCUAUAUUUGCAAUGCCUAACUGUAGAAAAGCUUCCAUAUAUAUAUUCUCUAUUUUAAUAUGUAUAAAAAUCGUUUAGUAUAAAAAAUUAAUCAUAGUAAAGAUUAUAAAUAUAAAAAAUCGUAAUAUUAUGAACAGAUGAUUCAGUGCUUAUUAAUAAUUCGAUAAAUAUAUUAAAAAAUAGAUUUAUGGAUCAUGUAAAAAGAACUACUUAAGAAUUAUAGUAAAGUGAUAUAAAAAAUUCCAAGACAAAGUAAAGGAUAUAUUGGUGUUUAAAAAAAAGACGCAUUAGACAUAAUUAAUUAUAGACUGAUAUGCAGAGAAGGUAUAAAUUUUAGAAAAACUAAUUUAUAUUGUAUAUUAUUUAAUUAAAAAAUUAAAAACUAAUCUUUCUAUAUAACCAAAAGAAAUUUCAAUACGUAACAAGAAAUUAAUUAUUUAUGAUAUACAUAAAUAGUUCUAUAAGAAAUUUUUUAAAUGUAAUGCAAUAUUUUUCCUUACUCCCAGCCGUCCAGCUUCUAUCAUUAAAUAAUUUAAAUUCAUCAUUAUUAAUAAUAUUUACGAAAUUACGAUUAUUAUUGUUGUUGUUAUCAUAAUUAUAAUUAUAACAGGUAAUGUUGCUAUUGCAUUAGCAUUAUUAUUUUAACUUCUGCUUUAAAGUCUGUGUCAUUGUUUCAUAAUUUUUGUAUGAUGUAAUGAUCAAAAUAAGAUUGUAUUAUAUUACACAAAGAUUUCAUGUAAAUGAAUUAUUUAAUCUUGUUACAUAAUGUCAAUCUUGUUUCUACUUAAAAUUGUAAAUCUUAUGAGAUUUUGUUUUUGUUAUACAAUAAGGAAACUUCUGAAAAAAUAUUUUGACGAUUAAUGAUAUUUUCUUAAUUAAUUAACAUUUUUAAGUAUUAUUAUAAGAUAUAUAUAUUUAAUAUUUCCAAUUUUAUAUUGCAUCAAAGAAAAAAAAUUAUUACUAUAUAUAUUACAGCAAUAAUUUAUAAGAUCAAAUGUGAAAUUAUUUCAAUUCAUACAUAAACCUAUAUUCGUGUAUGCUUUUAGGCAUCUAAAUUGCACAAGAGUGCAAAUUGAUGGCUUUGAGAUAAAAUAAU